UUUCUUAGCUCAAUUGUUCAACCACUUGGACCCUGAGUGCGACACACACAUUCACAACAAUCGGUAAGUCACAGCCCCCCCAGCGCCCAAAUAGGCGCUCCUAAAAAUAAGCAGCAUGCAUGGAGCGUGGCGCAUCUGUUGCGCUGCCGCAGCUCUGACCAAUCCCCGUCCCAUCCUCUCCGUAAACCGACCCCGGCUGCCGUUAUCCCUAUGGAUGAACAAAUAGACUAUGAUCACAGCGGCUGAGUGACGCGGCCCUGGCUCCUUUAUAAACCCAAGUCCUGCCUCUCUCGACAGUCAAGUCAAACAGUCUCAGUGCUGGUCCAGCUCUGCUGACACCAAAAAACCUUCUACUUUCCAAACUCAACUCUACUCGGGGCCAUAUUAAAAAAGAAAGGAAGGACCUAUCAAGAAGGUGCCAAUUAAAAGAGAGAGCAGCAGCUGCCUUGCGCGUUACGUCGGAUAAAUUCAUCCAUCACUGGCCUGACAGAGGCGAACUCUUCGCAAGGGCAUCCGAAAAAAAAAAAAAAAAAAAAAAAUCUCCAGGCUGCUUAUCAAACUCCUCCGAGUUUGAACUUUCCUCCGCUUGUCAUCCACCUGCGAAAGUUUUUUUUUUUUGCGCUGCGCCGAGCGCACAAUUCAACAGGCGAGUGUCACCGCGGUAUAAAAGUGGAGACGGAAAACGCCAUCAUGAUGAGCAAUAACUACAGCGACGAGCCGCAGCAUUACCAGGCCACCGACUUUGGGGAAGAGGACGACGAGAUGCCAGCCACGGAGAAGGACCUGGCCGAGGACGCGCCAUGGAAGAAGAUCCAGCAGAACACCUUCACCAGGUGGUGCAACGAGCACCUCAAGUGCGUCAACAAGACCGUCACCGACCUGCAAAGGGAUUUUACUGAUGGGCUAAAACUCAUUUCACUGCUGGAGGUUCUGAGCCAGAAGAAAAUGUACAAAAAGCACCACGUCAGGCCCAACUUCCGUCAGAUGAAGCUGGAAAAUGUUUCAGUGGCGCUGGAGUUUCUGGACAGAGAGCACAUCAAACUGGUUUCGAUUGAUAGCAAAGCCAUAGUGGAUGGGAAUCUAAAGCUCAUCCUGGGUCUUAUCUGGACUCUCAUCCUCCACUACUCUAUCUCCAUGCCCAUGUGGGACGACGAGGAUGAUGAGGAGGCCAAGAAGAUGACCCCCAAGCAGCGCUUGUUGGGCUGGAUCCAGAACAAGGUGCCUCAACUGCCCAUCACCAACUUCAACCGUGACUGGCGAGAUGGCAAGGCCCUGGGAGCUCUGGUGGACAACUGUGCUCCUGGUUUAUGUCCUGAUUGGUCGGAGUGGGACCCAAACCAGCCUGUGCAGAAUGCCAAAGAAGCCAUGCAGCAGGCCGAUGAUUGGCUGGGUGUGCCCCAGGUCAUAGCACCUGAGGAGAUUGUGGACCCAGAUGUGGACGAGCACUCGGUCAUGACGUACCUCUCUCAAUUCCCCAAAGCCAAACUGAAGCCUGGUGCUCCACUCAAAUCCAAACAGCUUUUCCCAAACAAAGUUAAAGCCUAUGGACCUGGUAUUGAGCCCCAUGGUAACAAGGUGCUCCAACCAGCUGUGUUUACUGUGGACACUCUGGAAGCUGGAAGCGGUGAAGUCCUGGUCUAUGUGGAGGAUCCUGAAGGACACAAGGAAGAGGCUAAAGUUAAACCCAACAGAGACAAACAAGGCACUUACACUGUCACUUAUCUUCCCAAAGUUGAGGGUGUUCACAAGGUAAGAAACGCUGCGGCUUCUUGUGUCCCUGAGUGGAAACUUUUAUUGCCCUUGCUAUUACUAACAGCUGCCAGCUGCUGGCUACUCUCAUUUACUUUUUGUUUGCUAAACCUUUCUUGGUUAAAUUCCUUCUUUUUCUUUCUUUUAGCUAUGAAUCCAAACGCCUGUAGAGCUACAGGCAGAGGGCUUCAGCCUAAAGGUGUGAGAGUAAAGGAGGUAGCAGACUUUAAAGUUUACACCAAGGGAGCAGGCAGUGGAGCUCUGAACGUCUCAGUCAAAGGACCAACCGGAGCAGAGGAGCAAGUCAAAGUGCGUGAUGCAGGAAAUGGUGUGUACGAAUGUGAAUAUUUCCCCCUUAAACCUGGUAAAUACACAGUCAGCAUCACAUGGGGAGGCCAGCCUAUUCCACGCAGCCCUUUCGAAGUCGAAGUGGGUGCAGAGGCUGGUCUUCAGAAGGUGCGGGCCUGGGGUCCUGGCCUAAAGACUGGCAUGGUGGGUAAAUCUGCUGACUUUGUCGUUGAGGCCAUCAACACAGAAGUAGGAACUCUAGGCUUUUCUAUCGAGGGUCCAUCACAGGCUAAAAUUGAAUGUGACGACAAGGGUGACGGCUCCUGCGACGUACGCUACUGGCCCACAGAGCCUGGUGACUAUGCUGUCCAUGUGGUUUGUGAUGAUCAAGACAUAAAGGACAGCCCUUUCAUUGCCCACAUCCUCCCUGCGGCCAAUGACGUCUUUCCUGAAAAGGUAAAAGCCUAUGGACCCGGUCUGCAGCCAACUGGUGUCACUGUGAACAAACCGACUGAAUUCACCAUCGAUGCACGCAUGGCUGGAAAGGGUCAGCUCAAGAUCUAUGCUCAGGAUGCUGAGGGCUGCACAAUCAAUAUCAAGAUCACAGACAAGGGAGACGGCACCUUCCUGUGUGUGUACACUCCUGUCAAAGCCAUAAAACACACCAUCAUUAUUACCUGGGGUGAGGUCAAUGUACCCAACAGCCCCUUCAGGGUGCUGGUUGGAGAGGGUUCUCACCCAGAGAAAGUCAAGGUCUAUGGACCAGGAGUGGAGAAGACGGGUCUUAAGGCUAACGAGCCGACAUACUUCACAGUGGACUGCAGUGAGGCUGGUCAAGGAGACAUCAGCAUUGGCAUCAAGUGUGCCCCGGGGGUUGUUGGUCCGGCAGAGGCAGACAUUGACUUUGACAUCAUCAAAAAUGACAAUGACACCUUCACUGUCAAGUACACUCCCCCCGGUGCAGGCAAAUACACCAUCAUGGUAUUGUUUGCUGACCAGGAAAUUCCCGUCAGUCCAUUCAAAGUCAAAGUAGAUCCUUCUCAUGAUGCCGGCAAGGUGAGAGCUGAAGGCCCAGGUCUCAAUAAAACAGGAGUGGAGGUGGGCGCUCCAACCCACUUCACCAUCUACACCAAGGGAGCUGGGAAAGCAAAGCCUGAGGUGCAUUUUGCAGCAUCGGGCCCAGGGGAGGCUGUCCGUGACUUUGAGAUCAUUGAUAACCACGAUUACUCCUACACAGUCAAGUACACUGCUCUUCAACAGGGGAAUAUGGCCAUUUCGGUGACUCAUGGUGGAGACCCUAUUCCCAAAAGCCCCUUUCACAUCACAGUCGCACCUCCCCUGGAUAUUGGAAAGGUGAAAGUGGAAGGAUUAGACACCAAAGUGGAGGUGGGCAAGGAUCAGGAGUUCUCAGUUAACACAAAGGGAGCUGGUGGGCAGGGAAACGUAGGUGUCAAGAUGACCUCGCCCUCGGGCCGACCAAUUCCAUGCAAAUUGGAAACUGACAAAGCCAAAGGAGUCCACAGUGUCAAGUAUUUUCCUCCAGAGGAGGGCCACUACAAGGUUGAUGUCAGCUAUGACGGCAACCCGGUGAUGGGAAGCCCCUUUGGGGUUGAGGCAGUAAUGCCAGCUGAUGCUUCAAAGGUGAGAGCCUUUGGCCCGGGUCUUAAGAAAGGCAUUGUUGGCCAACCCGCCCCAUUUACUAUUGACACAAAGGCAGCUGGUGCAGGAGGUCUGGGCCUGACUGUGGAAGGUCCUUGUGAAGCUAAAAUUGAGUGUCAGGACAACGGUGAUGGCACAUGCUCAGUGACCUACCUGCCUACUGAGCAGGGGGAAUACGCCAUCAAUAUCCUGUACGCAGAGCAACACAUUCCUGGUUCUCCAUUUAAGGCCGCUGUGCGUCCAGCAUUCGAUCCCAGCAAGGCAACAGCGUUCGGUCCUGGUCUAGAAAAGGCCAGAGCAGGCGAACCAGCUACCUUUACUGUGGACUGCACCAGAGCAGGUGAUGCUGAGCUCACCAUAGAAAUCGUGUCAGACAAUGGGGUCAAGGCUGAAGUUCACAUCCAGAAAACCGCAGACGGGACCUUCUCCGUGACAUACAUCCCACCAUUCCAUGGCAGACACACCAUCACCAUCAAGUACGGUGGACAAGUCAUCCCUCAGUUCCCCAAAGUUCUGCAGGUGGAACCAUCCGUGGACACCAGCGGUGUGCAUGUGUAUGGACCAGGAGUGGAGCCCAGAGGGGUCCUUAGAGAAGUCACAACCCACUUCAUCGUUGAUGCCCGAGCCCUCAACAAGGUUGGAGGAAAUCAUGUGAAAGUACACAUCAUCAGUCCGUCUGGCACCAAUACUGACAGCUACAUCACUGAUAAGGGAGACGGCACUUACCGAGUGGAGUAUACAGCAUUCGAGGACGGAAUACAUCUGGUAGAGGUGCUGUACGAUGACGCUCCCGUACCUAAGAGUCCCUUCAGAGUAUCUGUGGUAGAGGGAUGCGAUCCAACCCGGGUUCGUGCCUAUGGGCCAGGUCUGGAGGGAGGAAUAACUAACAAAUCCAAUAGUUUUACAGUGGAGACCAGGGGCGCAGGUACAGGAGGCCUCGGCCUGACCAUCGAGGGAGCUUCGGAGGCAAAAAUCUCAUGCAAAGACAAUAAAGAUGGCAGCUGCAGUGUUGAAUACGUGCCAUACACUCCGGGAGAUUACGAUGUCAACAUCAACUAUGGAGGUCACCCAAUCCCUGGCAGUCCAUUCCGUGUGCCAGUGAAAGACCCUGUGGACCCCAGCAAAGUGAAGUGCACAGGUCCAGGUCUAGGUACCGGGGUGAGAGCCCAUAUUCCACAGACCUUUACAGUAGACUCUACUCAGGCGGGACAGGCCCCACUGGACGUCAAACUCUAUGGCCCAACAGGUACUGUGGAGCCACUAGGUGUGAAAAACAAUGGCGACGGAACUCACACAGUUCAUUACACUCCAGCACAGGAUGGACCGUACACCGUAGCGGUCAAGUAUGCAGACCAGGAAGUACCUCACAGUCCAUUCAAGGUAAUGUCUAAGCCUGGGCACGAUGCCAGUAAGGUGCGUGCCAGUGGCCCUGGUUUGGACACCAAAGGUGUGUCUGCUAGUCUGCCUGUCGAGUUCACAAUUGAUGCACGUGAUGCGGGAGAAGGACUCCUCACAGUGCAGAUUCUGGACCCAGAAGGCAAACCAAAGAAUGCAACAAUCCAGGACAACAGAGACGGCACCUACACUGUAUCAUAUGUGCCCGACUCCACUGGGCUCUACACCAUCACUAUUAAAUAUGGUGGAGAUGAGAUUCCUUAUUCUCCAUACCGUAUUCAGUCCCUGCCAACAGGAGAUGCAAGCAAAUGUCUUCUCACUGUUUCCAUUGGAGGACACGGCGUGUCGAAUCUCCAGAAACUGCAGACCUCUGAGGAUACAGUCAUCACAGUGGAUGCUAAGGCUGCUGGGAAAGGCAAGGUGACCUGUAAAGUGCUGACCCCACAGGGAGUGGAGCUGGACAUGGAUGUAGUGGAGAAUCGUGAUGGGACCUUUGACAUUUACUAUACAGCCCCGGAACCAGGGAAAUAUGUAAUCACCAUCCGCUUCGGGGGGCAGAACAUCCCCAAGAGCCCCUUUCACGUUGUGGCCACAAACGAACCGGUGGCCCCCCGUGACACAGUGGAUCCUCUGUUCCGUCCUCUUAAUUUUCUGGUCCCCUUCACACCUCAGCAGGGUGAAAUCUCAGGUGAGGUGCGAAUGCCUUCAGGCAAGACUGGCCGCCCUCAUAUCACUGACAACAACGACGGCACCAUCACAAUCAAGUACCAGCCCACAGAGAGAGGCCUGCAUGUGAUGGAUAUCAAAUAUGAUGGCAACCACAUCCCAGGAAGCCCUCUUCAGUUCUAUGUAGAUGCUGUGAACAGUGGAGUGGUGACAGCCUAUGGUCCAGGUUUGAGUUACGGCACGGUCAACAAGGCUGCCACAUUCACUGUGGUCACACAGAAUGCAGGAGAAGGUGGUCUGUCACUGGCAGUAGAGGGUCCCUCCAAGGCUGAGAUCACCUGUAAGGACAACAAAGACGGUACCUGCACUGUUUCCUACUUGCCCACAGCUCCAGGAGACUACAAUAUCAUCGUCAAGUUUGACAACAAGCACAUUCCUGGCAGUCCAUUCACUGCUAAAAUCACGGGGGAUGAUUCAAUAACCAGGACGUCUCUAUUGAACGUGGGCACAGCAGCUGAUGUGUCUCUGAAGAUCUCAGAGACUGAUCUGAGCUCUCUGACUGCCAGUGUGAGAGCGCCUUCAGGCAACGAGGAACCCUGCCUACUCAAGAGACUACCCAACAGACACCUCGGCAUCUCCUUCACCCCUAAGGAGGUUGGCGAGCACGAAGUAAGUGUGAGGAAGAAUGGCUUGCACGUAGCUAACAGCCCUUUCAAGAUCAUGGUGGGACAGUCAGAGAUUGGCGAGGCCAGCAGGGUCAAGGCCUUUGGUAAAGGUCUGGUGGAAGCACACACUUUUGAAAUGGCUGAAUUCUUUGUGGACACGAGGAAUGCAGGUUAUGGAGGUCUUGCGUUGUCGAUCGAGGGUCCGAGUAAAGUAGAUAUCAACUGUGAAGAUGUGGAGGACGGGACUUGCAGAGUCACCUACUGUCCAACCGAACCUGGAAAUUACACUGUUAAUAUUAAGUUUGCUGAAAAACACAUUCCAGGGAGCCCUUUCACAGUGAAGGUGACAGGAGAAGGAAGGAUUAAAGAGAGUAUUACUAGAAAGAGACAGGCAUCCUCCAUUGCCUCAGUAGGCAGCACAUGUGGCCUAAACCUCAAGAUUCCAGGAAACUGGUUUCAGAUGGUUUCAGCUCAGGAAAGACUGACCAGGACGUUCACCCGUAGCAGCCACACCUACACUCGCACCGAGCGCACGGAGAUCAGCAAAAUCCGUGGUGGAGAGACUAAGAGGGAGGUACGGGUGGAGGAGAGCACACAGGUGGGAGGAAAAGGAAGCCCAUUCAGGGAUGUUUUUGGAGACUUCCUGGGCAGAGAGAGCCUCAGCAGCUUCGCUGGCAUCCCCGCCAGACCUGAGGUUGAAAGUGGCUCCCAGGCAAUGACAGCUCAGGUGACCAGCCCCAGUGGAAAAACUGUGGAUGCCGACAUCAUGGAUGGAGGGAGCAACACAUACAGCGUCCGCUUCAUCCCACAGGAAAUGGGACCCCACACAGUCAAUGUCAAAUACAGGGGGCAGCAUGUCCCCGGGAGCCCCUUCCAGUUUACUGUUGGGCCCAUGGGGGAGGGAGGAGCACACAAGGUCAGGGCAGGAGGACCUGGACUCCAGAGGGGUGUGGCUGGAGCCCCAACUGAAUUCAGUAUUUGGACCAGAGAGGCCGGCGCUGGUGGACUGUCUAUUGCUGUAGAGGGCCCUAGUAAGGCUGAAAUCUCCUUUGAGGACAGGAAGGACGGCUCUUGCGGAGUCUCCUACAUAGUGAAAGAACCAGGUGACUACGAGGUGUCAAUCAAGUUCAACAAUGAGCACAUCCCCGACAGCCCGUUCAUCGUCCCCAUUGCUACGCUGUCGGAUGAGGCCCGCAGGCUCACCGUGACGAGUCUGCAUGAGAAAGACCUGAAGGUAAACCAGGAAGCAUCCUUCAUGGUUCAGCGAAAUGGGGCAAGAGGUGUGGUUGAUGCAAAAGUCCACACACCCUCCGGCUCUUCUGAGGAGUGCUACGUCACUGAACUAGACAGCGACAAGAGCGCAAUCCGCUUUAUUCCACGGGAGAAUGGCGUUCACUCAAUAGAUGUUAAGUUCAAUGGGUGCCACAUUCCUGGAAGCCCCUUUAAUGUGCGGGUUGGAGAUCCAGGCCUAAUUGGAGACCCAGGAAUGGUGACUGCACAUGGACCUGGACUUCAGGGAGGAACUACAGGCGUGGCUACGGAGUUUGUCAUCAACACCUGUAAUGCAGGCUCAGGCACUCUGUCUGUCAACAUCGACGGUCCAUCCAAGGUUAAGAUGGACUGUCGGGAGUGUCCCGAAGGCUACAAAAUCACCUACACACCAAUGGCACCUGGCAACUAUCUCAUCACCAUCAAAUACGGCGGGCCGCAGCACAUCGUGGGCAGCCCUUUCAAAGCUAAAAUCACAGGCGUCCGACUCUCAGGGGGGCACAGUCUCCACGAGACUUCAUCUGUUUUGGUGGAAACAGUUACCAAGUCUUCCAAGGUGGGAGGUGCUUACAGCGCCUCCUCCACCUCCAGCUCAACGAAGCUGUCAUCUGACGCCAGCAAAGUGGUGUGUCGCGGAGCGGGUCUGUCUAAGGCUAUGAUUGGACAGAAAAACAAUUUUACAGUCGACUGCAGCAAAGCAGGUACCAACAUGCUGAUGGUGGGCGUACAUGGGCCGCAAGCUCCGUGCGAGGAGGUGUACGUCAAACACAUGGGCAACAAGCUCUACAACGUCACCUACACCGUCAAGGACAAGGGCAGCUACACUGUCAUUGUCAAGUGGGGUGAUGACAACGUCCCUGGGAGCCCCUACAAAGUCGCUGUACCCUAAAAUAACUCGCCCAUUGUUCCGUCUCUCACUCCACCCGCCCCCUUCAGCUUUUACUUAUCACGUGCACGCAUCAAAAUACCCAGAACGUUGCUCUCCGGUGGAUCCAACUUUACUAAAGCAUUUGAUUACAGUUUUGCUGAUGAAACAGUAACUGUGGUGCCAAAGAUUCUUUUUUUGUUUUGUUAAUUAACUCUAAUUUUGACAUUCUAAGAAUGCAGUCAUCUUCAAAGUCAUGCCAAGGCAACCUUACGUGAUUUAUAAGCCUAAGGGUGAUGUUGGUUAAAUGUUUUUUUUUUCUUGGUCCAUUAAGUUUCUCCUUUCCAUUUUUGUUGUGUUGUAAACAAAAAAAAAACAACAAAAAAACAACUUAUAUAUGAAUGCUGAUAAAUGUUGGAAUAGUCAGCAGCGGAUAUGUGUGUGAUGCAUUAUGGUUUUGUAUGGUUUAAGCGUUGAGAAAAGUGGCUUUUUUUUUUGUUAUAUUAACCUAUUUUUGGUAAGUCUUUGCAGACUUAAUAAAGAUUUUACUGCUUCCUA